AUGUUGCGCCGUUGUAUCCCAAUGAUCUCGUGCUCAGUAACUUCCAUUAAUCGUCGUCACUUUGUAACUGACAUUGCAUUAGCCAACGCAAAGCAAAUGAAUGGAUCUCAACAAGACAAAGCACAGCAAAAGCGUGAGCAAAGUUACGUCCCGUCGGGCUCUGACGGACAAUUUUACAUAAAACAAUUAAACGACCAUUGGCGUUCGGCUGUCGCAGGCCAAAGCUUUAAGAAAGAAAAUGUCAUUGGGUUCGUGUCUGGAAAUCUGUAUUCAAUGCCUACUCGGUUCACGGUGCAACUUACUCGAAACAAGCACAUGCAUUUCACUGGGGGAUUGGAAUUUAUAAACCACAGCUGCAAUCCCAAUACGCGGAUAGAAGUGGUUGAGACGGAAGCGAAAGUCUCGUUUGUGGCUAUUACAUCAAUCAAAAAGGGUGAACAUCUGACCUUUGAUUACUCGACGAGUGAGUGGGACAUGGAUGAAAAGUUUGACUGUCGGUGUGGAGCGUUAAAAUGUCGUGGUCACAUUGGGGGAGCCAAGUACCUUUCGGACGAUGAGGUGAAAACGCGGUUGCCGUAUUUUACUCCGAGCAUAUUGCAACAGUUGCUCGACCGUAAACUGACCAACUAA